GAGAGAGGGGUGAGAGAGAGAGAGAGAGAGAGACAGAGACACCGACAAGCAACAGCAGCAUGACCAGUAGAGAGAGAGAGAGAGAGAGAGAGAGAGAGAGAGAGAGAGACACCGACCAGCAAGAGCAGCUUGACCCGAAACCUCCACAGCGAACACAGCUCACCACUCUGACACCGACGAUGCGAAGCCACGGUUCCCGAGGCUGACGCGCGACCGAAGAAAAGACCCGGUCCAACCUCGACGAGGAGGUGCAGGCUCCGUCCGCCCCGCGCUUCCCUUGCACUGAUCUCGGGUCAGUCACCUUCCGCUCGGCUCCCAGUCUGCUGCGCUGCUAGACAUGGUGGACACCCAGCAGCUCCUAGCUUGGCCCGUCGGGUUCAGUCUGAACGCCGUGGAGCUGUCGGAGCUGGACGACAGCUCCCACUCCCUCGACAUGAAGCAUUUGUCCACAUUAGACUACGCCUCCAUCUCCUCCUCCUCCUCCAUCCCGUCCUCCCUGUCUCCCCCGCUUGUAUCCUCCAUCUCCUCUGCCGGUGUGGCCUAUGACCUCAGUCCGUCGCAGAAUGAAGAACAACUGACCAACAUGGACUACACAAACAUGUACAGCUACAGAACGGAGCUAGACAAGCACAAUUUGAUCAAGCUGGAGCCGAGGUCACCUCCACAGUACUCUGACAAUGCCGUGUUCUCCAAGCUCCAGGACGAUACGUCGCCAGCAGCGCUAAACAUCGAGUGCCGUGUGUGUGGAGACAAAGCUUCAGGGUUUCACUAUGGCGUCCAUGCCUGUGAGGGCUGUAAGGGUUUCUUCAGACGCACAAUCAGGUUAAAGUUGGUGUAUGACCACUGUGAUCUUCACUGUCGCAUUCACAAGAAGUCCCGCAACAAAUGCCAAUACUGUCGCUUCCAGAAGUGCCUCAACGUCGGCAUGUCACACAACGCCAUUCGUUUUGGCCGAAUGCCCCAGGCGGAGAAGGAGAAACUGCUGGCUGAGUUCUCAUCGGACGUGGUGCACAUGCACCCGGACGCAGCAGAUCUGAGGGCUCUGGCCCGGCAUCUGUAUGAGGCCUAUCUGAAAUACUUCCCCCUCACCAAGGUCAAGGCCAGGGCCAUUCUCUCUGGGAAGACCGGAGACAACGUGCCUUUCGUCAUCCACGACAUGAAGUCACUCAUGGAAGGAGAGCAGUUUAUUAAUUGUAAGCAGAUACCCAUCCAGGAGCAACAGCAUCAGUCAUACGCCCUAACAGCAGGACUUGGAGGAAUCAUAGGAGCUCACCAGGAGACAGAGUAUGGCUUUUUGGGAAUGGGAAUGAGCAUCAGUGGACAGGCGCCAUCGGACGCUUUGGAGCUGCGUUUCUUCCACAGCUGUCAAUCACGUUCGGCCGAAGCAGUGAGAGAAGUGACGGAGUUCGCCAAGAGUAUCCCAGGGUUCAUCGAUCUGGAUCUCAAUGAUCAGGUGACUUUGCUGAAGUACGGUGUGAUCGAGGUCCUGAUCAUCAUGAUGGCGCCUCUGAUGAACAAAGACGGGACCCUGAUCUCCUACGGACAGAUCUUCAUGACGCGGGAGUUCCUCAAGAGUCUCAGGAAACCUUUCAGUCAAAUGAUGGAACCAAAGUUUGAAUUCUCAGUCAAAUUCAACACGCUGGAGCUGGACGACAGCGACAUGGCACUGUUUCUGGCUGUCAUUAUCCUCAGCGGAGACCGCCCAGGCCUGCUGAACGUGAAGCCCAUCGAGCAGCUGCAGGAGACGGUGCUGCAUUCACUUGAGCUGCAGCUGAAGCUAAACCACCCAGACUCUCUGCAACUGUUCGCCAAGCUGCUCCAGAAAAUGACCGACCUGCGUCAGAUCGUAACCGAUCACGUCCACCUCAUCCAGCUGCUGAAAAAGACGGAGGUGGACAUGUGCUUACACCCGCUACUGCAGGAGAUCAUGAAGGACUUGUAUUAGAAUUCAACAGGAGAAAAGGACAAGUAGAGAAAGUGGAAUAAAAGGAGAGAAUAAAGAGAUUGUAUUAUUAAAAACCAUGACUUGUGAAAUCAUAAUGAUAAAGUACGUUGUGCUGCUGGUGUGUUGAAAUAAAGGGAGGUAGCCAGACAGGCUGACUGAAAUUGAGAAAGAGAUGAGGAAGGACAGGAAAAGAGAAAUCAAGGACAGAAAGUCAUAAUCUGAGGGUUCAAUCUUGUCUAGACAGCAGCAGAGAAACUUGCAGCACAGUCAUUUAGCCACCGCUGAGCCUGGACACUUUGCGAAUGAGUGGGCUGCCAGCUCAAAUACGAAACUACCACCAAUCCGGACAAGCGUCUGUGACAACGGAAAGAGUCGGGACUUUCUUUUUUGCAAGCUGAAGCUUAAAAUGGCAACGCCUGCUUCAAGUGCCUUCAGGAGAAAUCAUUGUGAAUAUGUUCACAACAUGUGUUACACAGUAGCGUAAGCGUUGUUCAUGUGCAGCUUAUCUCAAUGUUGCGUUACAACCGUCAUAGGCAGCGGCAGUGUGUACGUGCUUCAAUACCUCUGUGAACGCACACGAAUGGAUGAAUGCUCACCUGCGUACACACAAAACAAUGCACAUGUAAUUUUCUGUUUUGGCAUCAGGGUGAAGGUGCUAUCUUUUUGUAAUCAGCUUUAUACAAAGACAGAAAUCAGAUUAUUGCCUGUAACGUAUUUUAGUCCACCCGGCCACCUGCAGAAACUGUGAGAAAGUGUGAAGCCAACUUAAGGCACAUUACCACGACGGGGAAACCGUUUACGCCAUAUUGUGCCUUUAAGGAUUGCUCAUAUUUUGUGGCGAAUGAAGGCCAUCUAAAAAAGAUAUAUUACACAUGUAUAAUGUAUAAUGUAAAUUCAUAUGUAUUAUUUUUGUAUGGAUGAAAUUUUUUGCUCAAAUACACUUUUCAGCCUUGUUUUAUUUUUAAUUCCUAAAAAGUGUCUGAGUUAUAAUUUUUGCUAUCAAAUUAUUUUUUAUCCAUACAAAGUGUCUACUAUGUCUGAUCAAUCAGAUUUUGUUUCUUGGGGGGCGGGGGGGGGGUCUACAGAAAAAAAGGGGUUGGGUUAAUACCAGAGGGGGUUGUUGUAAAUAAAAUAUUUUCUAACUUUU